ACCCAUGAAAGCAGACCCUAAGAUCUUUUCAAAUACAAUGGCUUCAUCACAAAGCACCUCCAAACUUCUCACUACCGCGCUCGCAGUAGUCGCGGGGUACAAUGAAUGGAACAUGGAAGCCAUCCUGGCUCCUCGCGCCGAAAACUGCAUCCAACGCGUCUAUCCUGAUAGACUGGGCCGAGCUUCAUACAACAACACCGAAUACAACGAAUACUUCUCGAAAUUCCUCCCCUACUUCAAGAACUUCAACGUCACGAUCAUCGACACAUUUGUUGACGAGAGCGCCAACCGAGUCGCAAUUCAAGCAAAGAGUUCCGCGGACUCUGUCGUCGGACAUUACGGCAACGAAUAUGUCCUCAUGCUGAAGAUGACAGAAUCCCAGGAUAAGAUCUACGAAUUCCGGGAAUUCGUCGACUCGGAAUACAGCGCAUCAUUUUUCCCGAGGUUGUCGGCAUAUAUCGCUGAGGGCGGUCAGGGGUAUCCGCAGUAAAAGGUCUUGAGGCUUUGGGACAAGGAUAUGGUACAUAAUGAGGCGAAUCUUUCAAAGGUUUGCUUCCGGUUCAUGAAUUUCACGACACCUCUCUAUCCUCGCAUCUAUCUCAGUACCGAUCAGCACUCUUGGUCCCGGAAAGCUAUUUACUUCCAACUACCUCACGAGUGCACGUUCAGCUUCAG